UUGUCUAAACGAGCGGUGUUGCUGCUGGCUGCGUGCUUGGCCUCCGUGGUAGAAGCCGCGCCGGGGGCAGCGGCAGCCGCCUCCCGCCGCCCCCGACUCCGCCUCCCGCGUGCUGACGCCGUCAACCAGUUCCCUGACGGCUUCAUGCUGGGGGCGGCCACGGCCUCGUACCAGAUCGAGGGCGGAUGGGACGCCGACGGCAAGGGCGAGAACAUAUGGGACCGUAUGUUGCACGAACAUCCGGAAUAUGCCAAGGGCGACAACGGGGACGUUGCCUGUGAUUCUUACCAUAAAUACGCCGAGGACGUGCAAGCAGUCAAGAAUCUGAAUGCAAAUGUGUAUCGUUUCUCUAUUUCCUGGGCUCGAAUUCUACCAAACGGAGAUACAGAUGUAAUUAACCAGGCAGGUCUGGACUACUACAACAAUCUCAUCAAUCUGCUGCUGGAAAAUGGGAUCCAGCCACUGGUAACGAUGUACCACUGGGAUCUUCCCCAAGCACUGCAGUACAUUGGCGGCUGGCCGAACCCCAUUCUGGCAGACUAUUUCGUCGAGUACGCUCGGAUUCUCUUCGAGAACUUUGGCGAUAGGGUGAAGUUCUGGAUAACUUUCAACGAGCCUGCUGUGUUCGUGAGUGGCUACGCCAGCCAGGGCGGGCAGGCCCCCAGCCAACCUGCUCCAGGUAUCGGCGAUUACCUGUCGGCCCACACGGUCAUCAAGGCGCAUGCGCGCGUCUACCACCUGUACCAAGAGCAAUACAAGGCCACACAGCAAGGUUACGUGGGCAUCACGCUGAACAGCGACUGGAACGAACCAGCCAGCAACUCAACCGAAGACAUCGAAGCAGCCGAACGCGCCCUCCAGUUCCAGGUUGGACUCUACGCUCACCCCAUCUUCACCGAGGAGGGCGACUACCCUCCAGUGAUGCGGGAGCGUGUGGACGCCAACAGCGCCGCAGAGGGAAGACCACGCUCCAGGCUGCCUUCCUUCACCAGUGACGAAGUGGCCUACAUCAAGGGAACAUCGGAUUUCUUCGGUAUCAACCAUUACACUUCGGUACUCACGGCAUCAGGUGACGCUGGAACCAUACCGUCAAAGGACCACGAUGCUGGCGUCAUCAACUACGGCGACGACUCUUACCCUCACGGCGCUUCUAGCUGGCUCAGGGUAGUCCCCUGGGGAUUCCGUAAACUUCUGAACUGGAUUGCUGUUUCAUACCCAGAAUACCCAAUAUUUGUGACGGAGAACGGCUACUCAGACUGGGGUGAGCUGGAUGACAAAAAUCGUACCAACUAUUACACGAGCUACCUAGCAGAAAUGCUGAAAGCGAUCAAUGUUGAUGGCAACAACGUAAUUGGUUACACAGCCUGGAGUCUGCUUGACAACCUUGAGUGGAACGAUGGCUACGCCAUUAAAUUCGGCCUGUAUCAGGUCGACUUCAAUGAUACCGAGCGUCCCAGGACAGCGAAGGAUUCAGUGCAAACUUUAGCUCAGAUCUACGCUAACAAGGAGUUACCCAUGGAGUACUUCCAGUGACAAAAUGUUCUGUAUCCUUCGAAAGACAUCGCAAGGCGUCAAUAACGAAGAACGUAUAAAAGCUGUACUUGAUCCUGAGAGAACAGUGGGCAGUCCAUCCUAAAUAAAAAAAUCAAUUAAAUGUUUUAUUUGUCUUA